AACUCAGCAACUUCGUUCUCUUUCUCCUUCAAAAUUCAAAUCAAAGUUGAAGAGAAACAGCCAUGGAAGUAGAAGAAGAAUUACCUUCUCCUUCUCCUUCACCUUUCAAACCUCCUCCCUCUUCCAUUUUCAAAGACAUCUCAAACUUCAAAACCCCCAAACGCCAAUCCCGCAUUUCCACUCUUCAAUCUCCAUGUCAACCUUUCUUUACUGCUUCUAAGAGAACUCCUCUCGUUUCUUCCACACUUCGUCGUCCACGCCCUUCUCUCGCUCCUUCCUCCUCUGCUGCUCGGUCCAAGGCCUCUCGCAAACUCAAAGCUUUUGAACUUGAGCAAUCGCAAUCCUCUCGCAAGGUUCAGGUGAAGAAGGAACAAUCUCUGAAAUCUUUAGCUAAUUCUCUCACGGUUUGGCUUAAUUUCUUGUUUGAGAAUCCGAGAUCUUGCGGCUGCGAUUGGCCUGUGGGUGGCGAUGGAUGUUGCACGGGAUCGCGGGGGAAUCGAAAGAGGGAUUUCAAUAGUUGUCCUACCGUGGGAGUUGAUAUGGGGUGGCGAUGUCCGAAGAGGCAGAGAGACUUGUCGUGGAGAUUUCCAAGUGACAAUGUCGCUGAAAACGAAGUUGAGUUUUCGAAUUCGAGGUAUGUGAAGUUGAGGGAGUCGUUGAAAGAUGUGUGCAGCUUUGAUGAUUUGACGCAACGAAUGCGGGUUUACUUGAGCUCGAAUAAUUGUAAGGAUACUCUGGACAUCAUGGCUCAAGUGGCUAAGAAUAUUGAUGACGGAAGGUUAAAAAUGAAGGCCCAUUGUCCCAUCAUAACUGAUGUUAGACUGAAGGAGAGCGCCACGAGGAUCCUUAUGGCUUAUAAUCCAGUUUGGCUUCACAUUGGAUUAUACGUCAUAUUUGGUGGUGAUUCUUUGCUGUCUACUGAAGAAGUGAACUCUGAACAAGAUAAUGCAUUUCUGAAAAUGGUCCUCGGGAAGCAGUUUUUUUCUCAUUCUGGUCUGGCGAAGGCAUAUUCUUAUAACCGGAUGGUUGAGGGUUUAUAUAGACCGGGAUAUUAUGAAGCCAUGGGUAAUAUUAUUCUGAAAAGGUUUUUAUUGCUAGUUCUUAUUCUUGAUAAAGCCAAGUGCCAGAGCAGCCUUCCGCUGGAUUAUGGUAUCGAUGGCGUGGAUGGGGGUUCUCCUUUGCUGUUCCUUGUGCAAUCUGUCAUCAAAUCAAGUCGUCAAAUGAUUAAUGAUUUCCUAUCAUCAGAUGUAAUGCAUGGAGAAGGUAAUCUGCUAGCACAUUUGGUGAUUAUGGGGUAUAAAGUAUCUUACGCUCAGUGUCCCAUUUCUGAAUACGACUUCAAAAUUACCGAUUUAUUCGUAGACAUCCAAGACGGUGUCCGACUGUGCAGAGCCAUUCAACUUUUGCUUAAUGACUAUUCCAUUCUGACGAAAAUUGUAGUUCCAUCAGAUAAUCAUAAGAAGAACUUGGCAAACUGUGCCAAGGCUGUGCAGUAUCUUAAGCAGGCUGGUGUAGCAUUAUGUGAUGAGGAUGGAAUGAUAAUUGUGGAAGAUGAUAUUGCUAACGGAGAGAAGGAAAUGGUCCUUUCUUUGCUCUCUAACAUGUUUGUUCAUCUUCAGUUGCCUCUCAUAGUCAACAAAAACCUUCUAGUUGAAGAAGUCUGCAAAAUUCGUGGGGUGGAAAAAUCUGAAAUUGACAAAUCCACACCCUUGGAAGUUAUUUUGAAUUGGAUCCAGGUGGUCUGCGAGAACUAUGAUAUAAAAAUUAGCAGCUUUUCUUCUUUGGUCGAUGGAAAAGCAAUAUGGUGCCUACUUGAUUACUACUUCCGCAAAGAUCUUCACUGUUCUAUCUCUUCAAAGGAUCCUCAGAAAACGAAUGGUGAAGAAUCGAUCAUGUCUGUUACUCAUUGUUCAGACGCAGCUCACAAUUUCAUAUUACUGCAAAAAUUGGCAUCACUGUUGGGAGAUUUUCCUGAGAUUCUGAAAAUUAGUGAUAUACUCGAGUAUGGUGGUGCAUGUAGUGACCGCAGUGUAAUAAUUUUGUUGACUUUCCUCGCAUCAGAAUUGAUUGUGAAGAAAAGCGUGGAUCAACUGAAUUUCCAUAAACUAUUGGACUGCGAUUGUCAAAGCCCAAAUAAAAUACAUUUCUGUUCCAGGCAGUAUGUUUUGAAUUCAGUGGCCGUGCCGAAUAUUGAAGGAUUUGAUGUGCAGAAUACUGGAGAAACAGAUGGUGCCGAAAAGUUCAAGACUAUUCGGGCAUGGUGGCAGGAUAUGGUUGAACAGAACAAGAAAUCCUUUUCAAAGCCAGACGCCUCUUCAUUAUUCCUUCCAUCAGGAAAGCAGAGGAACCAGAAGCAAAGAGAAGAUGCUGCUAGAAUUAUUCAAUCAUAUUACAGGAGGUUGGUUGAACGUCGCAAGUUUAUUAAUUUGAUGAAUCAGAUUUCCUUCUUACAAAGAUUUAUCAAAGCAUGGUUAAAUAGGAGGCGAAAAUUGGCUUGUACAGAACCAGAUGCUCCUCGUUCACUUUCAUGUGAAAGACCGAAACAGCUUGAAAUUGUUGGGAGAUAUAGCACACUCACAGUAGACAGACGUGACCUCUUGACUUUACGAAGGUCCGCAAUAUGUAUUCAACGAGCAAUGAGGAAUUGGAUGAUUAGAAAAAACCAAGUUAGCAGAGAAGUAGCAUCUUCGGACAGACAUGGCCGUGCAGUAACUCAUCUAAACAUAGCUUCAAUCGCAGAUGAAGAAAUUGGCAUUAUUGAUCAAAUAAAAGAAACACCUGAACUUCAAGUAGUUGCUGAGGAGUGUCCUAUAUUGAACAAGGUUGUAGUGGAAAGUGAAGUAUUCUGUAAUGAAAACCUUGCUGCCAUUCAAAUUCAAAGCUAUUUUCGUGGUGGGUUGUUGAGAAGGAAGUUUCUAAGUCUAAGGAUGGCGACAAUAGUAAUUCAGAAAAAUAUCCGUAUGUUAAGAUGUCGGAAAGAAUAUACAUAUAACAAGAAUGUUGUGACAUUUGCCAUUGUAAUUCAAUCUUCAAUUCGUGGAUGGAUUGCCAGGAGAGAAGGUCAUAGGCAGAGGCGUCUUAUUAUUCUAGUUCAAAAUUUUUGGCGUCGUUGGCUGGCACGGAAAGAAUUUUUGCAGCAGAGAGAAUCCGUCAUAAAGAUCCAGACUGCUAUGCGAUGCAAGAUUGCUCGUAUGGCAUUUCAUAGGCAGAGACAUGCAGCUAUAGAAAUUCAAAGACUCUUAAGAGGACAAAUUACUCGAAUGAAGCUCUUAGGCGCCGCUUCUGAACUUCGUUCAACGUUUCACAGUGGCAAUUUCUCCAGAUGCAGCUGCAAGAUGUUUGAGUUGAAGUUAGUUUUAGGUUCAAUUCUAAAACUGCAACGGUGGUGGAAGGGAGUUUUAUUGCUUAGAUCAAGAUCAAGGUCCAUAAUCGUCAUCCAGUCUCAUAUCAGAGGAUGGAUAUCUAGGCGAAGGGCUGCUACAGAGAGACAACAGAUUGUUUUGAUCCAAUCACACUGGAAAGGUUACUUAGCAAGGAAAAGAUCAAGAGGGCAGUUAGGAGACCUGUGCUUAAGAGUGCAAAAUUCUGCUGCAAAUGUGGAUGAUGGCAAGCGUAUUAUAAACAGAUUAGUUGUAGCACUUUCAGAAUUGCUAAGCAUGAGAAGUGUUAGAGGCAUUCUUCAUACUUGUGCAACUUUAGAUAUGGCGACAGGACAUUCUCAAAAAUGCUGCGAAACCCUUGUUGGUGCUGGAGCUAUUAGCACUUUGCUGAAGCUCAUUCGGUCAGUCAGCCGAAGCAUACCUGAUCAGGAAGUCCUGAAGCACGCGCUCUCUACUUUAAGAAAUUUAUCACGUUAUCCCCAUCUUAUUGAAGUGCUAAUUGAUACCCAUGGAUCCGUAGAAAUUCUUCUCUGGGAGCUCCUAAGGAAUAAGGAGGAUGGCUUCUUUAUCGCCUCUGAAGUUCUGAAGAUGAUCUGCAGAAAUGAAAAAGGCAUUGAAGCAGUGCGCAAGUCAAGUGGCCAUUUAAAGCGACUCAACAGCCUUGCGGAGGAACUUACGAGAAAGGCAUACAACGAGAAGAGGACUGCUAGGGGUCUUGAUGGGAGAGAGAACAUAGAGAGACGAUUGAAAGAAGCUGUUGAACUUCUGAAGUUGACAACUUAACAAACGGUAACGGUCACCAUUAAAUUUGUGUGCUAAACCUAACUACUAACAUUCACAUAUUUGUUGUGUGGGAAAUGAUUUUUGAGUUUUAAACCUUAACAUGGAGAGUAAGAGAUGUAUAUUCAAAUCAUAGUGUACAGAUUAACAAGAACAUACUUGGUGUGCAUAAUUUAUGCACAAUCCAGAACUCCUUGACAGUUGUUCUGUAACCUUGUUACUGAUUUGUUUGUCUUUGAGAUAUUUAGUAGUGAAUUGGUAGUGGUGAUGUGAUUGGUUGCAUGUGUGGCCACAAUUAUGAGAAGUCACAUGUUGUAGCUUUUUUUGUUUAGGGAGAUACCCACCGCAAAUUUUGAUUGAAUAGUCGAUUGGCUUAUGGGACUCCAAAAUAUCAGACUUCGAUUUUGAUGCUGCAGCUAGUUGGUGCCUUCUGAAGUCCAAAAGGGCAUUGAUUCUUGUUAAAGUUAUCAGUUUCAAUAAAAUAUAGAGGCAAGUUGUGGCGUUUUAUAGAUCUUUUAGAAAAAUAUUGUUCCAAAUCUUUUCAGCAAAAGUAGUGAAAUUUGCCAAUAUAUUUAAGUAUUGAUUAGAUUACAAA